AUGACAAGAACAGGAGAGGAAAAAGGGAAAAGAUGCUACAGUUUUCCUUGCAGCUCAAUUUUCACACCCUUCCCAGGGCUUGAUGGUUGCUUCAUCAAGCUAACCACUGGACAACAAAUUCUUGCAGCCACAGGAAGAGAUGGCAACAACAACAUCUACCCCAUAGCCUUUGGUGUGGUUGAUAAGGAAGAUUCAAAUAGUUGGACAUGGUUCCUAACCCAGCUAAGAUGUUGCAUUGGAAGUGGUAGCAAAUUUGGAACCUACACCAUUAUUUCUGACAGGCAAAAGGGUCUUCUUAAGGCUAUAAAUGAGGUGUUCCCUGAUUCCCCUCAGAGAUACUGCCUUAGGCACAUAUAUGCAAAUUUUCAGUCAGCUGGUUUCAGAGGAGCAGAACUAAAGAAGCUAGUAGAUCAGGCUAGCUACUCAUUCACCAAACAUGGCCAUGAAUUAGCAAUGGCAGAGCUUAAAGCAGAGUGUGAGGAUGCCUGGAAGUGGCUUAAAAAAAUUCCAAAGGAGACUUGGUGUAGGUCUGCAAUGGAUUACAAUUGCAAAACUGAUCUUGUUGUGAACAACCUUAAUGAGGUUUUCAACAAAAUGAUCCUUGAUGUUAGGGCCAAACCAAUUAGGACUAUGUUUGAAGGAAUGUGGGGACCGAUUCUCCGGGUAUUAAUUUCCAGAAAAUGGCCCUUGUGCUCACCAGCCCCAGGAUAACUGUUAGCUGAUGAGGCACCAACUUGAUACAGAAUUUCCAA